GGUUACGGCGCAUACGCCUAAACCGAUGACUGUUAUAUUAACGUUUUCUGCCCUUCAAAUGACACUGCUUUCGUGGUAACGGUUGCGUACGGAUCAUUUUACAGUUGCACAGAAGACGACGACGACGAGAUGAGUAAAAUUGGAAUUAACGGAUUCGGCCGUAUUGGCCGCCUUGUACUUAGAGCUUCCCUUGAACGCGGUGCUCAGGUUGUUGCCAUCAAUGAUCCCUUCAUUGGUUUGGACUACAUGGUAUACAUGUUCAAAUAUGAUUCUACCCAUGGUAGAUUCAAGGGAGAAGUCAAGGCUGAAAAUGGUUGCCUAGUUGUCAAUGGUAAUAAAAUUGCUGUGUUCAGUGAACGUGAACCAAAAGCUAUUCCAUGGGGCAAGGCAGGAGCUGAAUAUGUUGUAGAAUCCACUGGUGUCUUUACUACCAUAGAAAAGGCCUCUGCUCAUUUGGAAGGUGGUGCUAAGAAGGUUAUCAUCUCUGCACCAUCUGCUGAUGCACCAAUGUUUGUUGUUGGCGUUAAUCUGGAUGCCUAUGACCCAUCCUACAAAGUUAUCUCCAAUGCUUCUUGCACCACCAACUGUUUAGCUCCCCUUGCUAAAGUUGUUCAUGAUAACUUUGAAAUUGUUGAAGGUCUUAUGACCACUGUACAUGCUAUCACUGCUACUCAAAAAACUGUGGAUGGACCUUCUGGAAAAUUAUGGAGAGACGGUCGUGGUGCUGCCCAAAACAUUAUUCCCGCCGCAACUGGAGCAGCUAAAGCUGUUGGUAAAGUCAUUCCAGCUCUUAAUGGAAAAUUAACUGGUAUGGCAUUCCGUGUACCGGUACAUAAUGUAUCGGUGGUUGACUUAACGGUCAGACUUGCCAAACCAGCAAACUAUGAUGCUAUUAAAGCUAAAAUAAAGGAAGCUGCCGAAGGACCUAUGAAAGGAAUUCUAGGAUAUACCGAAGAUGAUGUAGUGUCCUCUGAUUUUAUUGGUGACAACCACUCCAGUAUUUUCGAUGCUAAAGCUGGCAUACCUUUGAACGAUACUUUCGUUAAAUUAAUUUCGUGGUACGAUAACGAGUAUGGUUACUCCAACCGCGUGGUUGAUCUGAUUAAGUAUAUUCAAACGAAAGACAACUAAAGUUUUACGUAUGUUCUUAUGUAAUACUUUCGUAAAUGUUUCUGUGUGAUAGUGAUCUAUCAUAUAAAACACAUCGUUGUAUGGAUUUCAGAUUAAAUAACGUUAUGUUUAGCUGGUAGCAUUUCCAAAAACUGAAAAAUAUGAAAUUUGAGGGUACUCCAGCGUACGUUUUCUCUCGCACAGUAGAAUUACAGUUAGUAUUGGAUUAGACGUUUAUCGUCCAAACAAGUACAAAACGGCAGGCUUUGUCAUUAUCGUUUAAUUCAGGAUUUUUGUUUUUAAUUUUUAAAUGUAUUCGUAAAUUAUGAAAAAUAAGAAAUAUAAAUGCAAGUAAUAACGUGUAUGCGUGAAAAGUUACAUAGUCGUGCAUGUAACAUAAAUUAUUAUAUUCUCAUGUUGUAUUAGCUAAGUACAAUGUUACAUUUAAUUGA